CAUAGUUUGUUUAUAUGCUUGCACACCUUUCUCUGACGCUGCCACAAUAAGACGUGUUUUAUGCCACUCCGUUGUCUAAUUUUGUCCGCCAAACACGUCAUACUGUGUGAUAAUGCACAAAGGCCACAGCAAACAUUACAUUGCUUGUCAUAGAUUGUAAUAAAUCCAUGAGAAGAAGACAACCUGCAGUUUCCUUUAACUUGGCCACAAUACCCAGCAAUAUGUUCGGAGGACAAAAGAUUACAGGUAUUUGUACAACGACUGCCCCGGUCCUGAGUGGAACGCUAUGUGUUCGGGCUGUUGUGAGUAUGAUGUGAUCCGCUGCAAAUGCCCCCUGCAGGGGACUUCGGUGGGCUAUUCUGUGCCCUGCUGCCGCAACGCCAUCAACGAGUGUGACCCCUGCAUCAUCCAUCCAGGUUGCAGCAUAUUUGAGAACUGUAAGCGGUGCAACAAUGGAACGUGGGGUCCCAGGGAUGACUUCUUCGUCAGGGGCCAAUUCUGUGCUGAGUGUCGUCCUGGAUGGUCCGGUGGAGAUUGCAUGAAGUGCGGUGGGGUGAUCCAUAAACGACAGGGCCACAUGGUGUUGGAGAGCUACCCAAACAAUGCUCGCUGUGAGUGGACAAUACAGGUGGACCGGCCUUUUACGAUCGAACUCAGGUUUAUGAUGCUGAGUUUGGAAGCACAUCCCACUUGUCGCUAUGACUACGUGGAGGUCAGAGAUGGCGACAGCAUCAACUCUCGUGUCGUGGCUCGGUUAUGUGGCAACAACAGACCUGCUCCCAUUCAGAGUUCUGGAAACAGUCUACACAUUCUUUUUGAGUCGGACGGCUACAAGAACUUCGAUGGCUUCUUCGCCACGUUCCAGGAGAGCUCAGCCUGCAGCUCCUCUCCUUGCCUACAUGAUGGAACUUGUAUCCUUGACAGCUCUUACGUGUAUCGCUGUGCCUGUCUGGCUGGCUAUGCAGGCAAGAGGUGCGAAAAUGUGGUAGGUUGCCGUAGGCCACCUGUGCCGACCCAUGGAUCCACAGAGGGAGUGUUUCAUCAUUCAGGGGCGCGCGUCACUUUCCAGUGUGAUUCAGGCUUUGAGUUGCGGGGGUUUUCUACUGCCAUCUGCUUGACUGAUGGCACCUGGAGUGCGCCUUCCCCGCAAUGUGUUCCAGUGGAAGGGGUCUGUGUUCUACCACCAAAGCCAGCACACGGGGACCACUUCUUGGUUUAUGGGCCCAAUGAUGUUUUAAUAGCUCUCCAGUACCUUUGCCACCAGCCUUAUGAACUCACUGGAGUCUCUCAGAGAACCUGCCUUUCUAACAAUUCCUGGAGUGGAAGUCCACCUGAUUGCAGGAGAGUGAAUAACACACUCACACAAGCUGAAAAGGAAAGGGAAGAAGCUGGAGGAAAGACAGGAAAAAGCAAAGACAAAGAAAUACACGGUGAUAAAAAUGUCAGCGAAGACACUAAAAGUGUUGAAAAAGAAAGUGAUCUCAGGAAUACAACGAGAGAAGACAAAAACACUGGUGUUCGUCCCGAGAAAACUGGGUCUGAGGAAAAAAAUAACGGUCAGGAUAAAACAACAAGCAGCAGUGAAGAUCAAGAACCCAAAGAACCGGAAAUAGCAAAACCUGGGAGGAGAGACGACAGCCAUUCCCCAAAGUCGGAGACAGAUAUCACUGAGAUACAGGUGAUAAAAGACAAAGGGCAGGAAGAGAAGGAAAGAAAAGAGGAGCAAGUGAAUGGAAAGAAAAACUCAGGGAAGGUCGGACCAAACGACACGAAGCUGAGGACGGCAGUCUCAGAAGAAAUGAACACAGUCAACAUAUUGGAACAGGGAACGGCAAAGAACGACACAGUCAAGGACGAUAUCAAUGACAUCAAGAAAAAAAGCAAUAACAAGACAGGUUUUCCAGAGAGGAAAAUCCUUCCCUCGCAAGUCAAUAUUACACAGUAUACUUUGUAUAGGUCAGAGGGUGAGGAACGUGGAAAAACAAAACAAAAAACAACCAUCAGAGAAGGCAAAGCAGAGACAAGUCCUACUGAAAAACCAAAAGAGGAACCUGAUAUGGACGGGGAAGAGGAAGAGCGGUGGAAGGACAUCAACCAAAGUUUCACUGAGAGGAUGUGCCCUCCUCCCCCUCGCCUCUAUCACGGCUAUCACAGAACGGUGCCAGGGACCAAGCCUGAGACAGUAGAGUUCUUCUGUAAUCAUUCCUACGCUCUGAGUGGAGACUUCCAAUGGAGCUGCCAGCCAAAUGGUACUUGGAGCGGCAAACAGCCUCUCUGUGUUCGAGCUUGUCGGGAGCCCAAAGUUUCAGAAUUGGUCAGACAAAGAAUUCAUCCACCUCAAGCACCAUUCAGAAAGACACCAGUACACAAGCUGUACUCCUCUGCAUUGGGCCGACGGGUGCAGUCAGAGGGUCCCACGAAAAGCCCACCAAUACUCUCCCAGCUGGCCCAAGGCUUCCAUCACCUCUACACACAUAUAGAGUAUGACUGUGUGUCUCCUUUCUACCAACACAAUGGCAGCCCUCGGAGGACAUGCCUGAAAACAGGCAAAUGGAGUGGGCGUCAUGUCUCAUGUUCACCAGUGUGUGGGAAGCAUCCAACCUUUGACCGUGAGAGGCCGGGAGAGGCUCACUGGCCUUGGCUGGCAGCCAUCUACCGCCGCACCACCAAUGGUGCCGGGACCAAGGUGACCAAGGCAGAUAGCCACUCGGGGUCUGUGAAGAAGGACGGUGGCGCAAAAUCUGGCAACCAUAUUCGUGAUUCUGACUGGCAGCUGGUGUGCAGUGGGGCUCUGGUGAACCAAAGGAGUGUUGUAGUCGCAGCCCACUGCGUGACAGACCUGGGCAAGGUUUACCCUCUGGAUGCAGCCGAAAUCAAGGUGGUGGUUGGGAAACACUACCGUGACGAUCACAGAGAAAGUAAAGGUUUCCAACAUCUGAGGGUUGCCUCCAUCAGCGUUCACCCCAACUAUGAUCCCCAUAUUCUUGACUCAGACAUAGCUAUCAUCAAGUUAAUGGACAAAGCAAAGAUUGGAGAGAAAGUGUUGCCCCUCUGUCUAUCAGACAGUCAGGGUGAGGGGGAGAUCUCCGGACAAGGGCUUGUGACUGGCUGGUCUCCAGUUCCUGACUCAGAUUUAAGUGCUGAUGAGAAAGCAAGAGUCGGACUUGUCCAACUCGCUGACAUUGUCCCAUGCGAGCAGCAAUAUGCCCGAAAUGGUGUGCCAAUCAGUGUUACAGACAACAUGUUGUGCGCAAGCCAGAAGCCUGACUACGGGCCCUCUAACAUAUGUCCCUCUGACACUGGGGGGAUUCUUGUCCUUCCUGCUUACACUGACAACAACCAGAAUCCCUUUGUUGGCAGCAAUCAUGUUGGGAGCAAAGGAUUUUGGAGACUUCUGGGACUUGUGAGCUUUGGCUAUGACCAAGGAGAGUGUGAUCCUGACCUCUAUACGGUCUACACACAUGUAGCAAACUUCAAAGUCUGGAUCGAGAGUCAUAUGAAAUAGAAAUCGGAACAUGUGACUUAUAAUAUUUAAAUGCACAUGCUUCUUUCUCUUCCUUUUUGUUUGUUUGUUCAAUCUGGUCACCCAGCAGUCUCAUUUUUGUAGUGUUUUGCACAAACGCAACACUGGACAACACUGUGCUUUAAGUCAGGUGCGUCAAAACAUAUUUUCAUGAUACUGAUCAGUCCUUUCAGGAUUUUGUAAUGUUGCGAUGGAGACUAUUCACGCAAAUUCAACUAAUCCCUGCGAUUGGCAAAUGUUGGACAAUCCCCACAAACACACCGCCCAUUUUGGCCUCGCAUCGACAUAUUUGCCAAUCGGAUUUGUCCCAGCAGAACUCGAACGCAACACAACAUCAAAUGUCUGCCUGCAGCACCAGGGGCGAUUUGGCCACAACUUUUUGAAAAUGCUGCAGUGAAACCAUUAGGGCUGUGAAUCUUUGGGUGUCCCACGAUUCGAUUCAAUAUCGAUUCUUGGGGUCACGAUUCGAUAAUAUAUCGAUUUUUUUCGAUUGGGUUCGAUUCUUGAUUCAAAAACGAUAUUUUUCCUAUUCAAAACGAUUCUGUAUUCAUUCAAUACAUAGAUUUCUGCAGGAUCUACCCCAGUCUGCUGACAUGCUAGCAGAGUAGAUUUUUUUUUUAAACUUUCAUAAUUGUAAAGGACAAUGUUUUAUCAACUGAUUGCAAUAAUGUAAAUGUGUUUUAACUAUUAAACGAACCAAAUAUAUGACUUAUUUUAUCUUUGUGAAAAUAUUGAACACAGUGUGUUGUCAAGCUUAUGAGAUGCCAUGCAAGUGUAAGCCACUGUGACACUAUUGUUCUUUUUUUUAUUUUUUAUAAAAGUCUAAUGAUAAUGUCAAAGAGGGAUUUUUAAUCACUGCUAUGCUGAAAUUAUAACUAAUAAUGAUACUGUUGUUGAUAAUAUUCAUUUUUGUUUCACUACUUUUGGUUUGUUCUGUGUCGUGUUUGUGUCUUUAUUGCAGUUCUGAGUGUUGCUGGGUCAGGUUUGGUUUUGGAAUUGGAUUGCAUUGUUAUGGUAUUGUUGUGUAUUGUUUUGUUAGAUUGAUUAAAAAAUACAUCUUUUUUUUUUUUUUUUUAAAUCGAUUUUUUAAAAAUGAGAAUCGAUUCUGAAUCGCACAACGUAUUCGAUUCGAUUUUUUCCAACACCCCUAGAAACCAUGCUUUUUAGGUCUUAACGAUCACAAAAAAGCCUGCAAAAUCCUAGAGGGACUGAUUAUUACAUAAUUGCCCCUUCAUUUGAUUACUAUCAUUGUUUACCAGCAACCUAAUGGAAAGUGUUCUUUGAAAUCAGAAGUCAGAGUGACAAGCAAAUAUUUUGGUUCGGCUAGUCUAGCAGUUAAUGGAAAAAUAUUGUCAAUGACAAAAAAAAUCCAGGAAUAGCUUGUUCAAUUAAAUAUCGAGCUUAAAGGGAAUUUAAUUUCUGUGGUAAUUUUGCCUAUCAUUCACAAUCCCUAUGGUUUUUUUUAAAAUUCAAAUGAGUAAAAUACAGCAGGUAUGAGGUGGUUUACAACGCAACUAAUUGGAGUACUAUAUUGUGCCCAUAAAGCUCUCUAAAAAACAUCCAAAAAAUGCUAACAAAACUCCAUUCACAUCUCAUAACCAAGUAUGUCAUUAAUGUCAUAAGCGCUAACAAAGACAAACUCUUAGCCAGCAGAGCGCCAACUAGCUUAGGCAGCUACAGUAUUGACAUACUGAGGUACUGCUGCUGCUGUAUCGCCUCUAAGCUGGUGAAAGUUAUUUCUAGAUUAUAAAUAAUGCCAUUUAUUUUUAUAUUAGAAGGUUGUAGCCAUGAACAAAGAAUCUGGUCAACUUUAAUGUUCAACUUAGACCCGUAGAUGGCGAGAAAGACACAUUUUUUUGUUGUUUUUAACUUAAAGGAGAAUUAUGAUUAAUUCUUCACCAAAAGGGGAAGAUAUGAAAAUCCCAUGAGUCGGCAACCCAGUGAGAGCAGACAUUGUAAACUACGUGAUUGUUUUAUUAUGUUCAUAGUUUGUAUUCCUUGUUCAGCUCUUCGCAAAAUUGCUACAGGAUGCUCACGGUGUCUCACUAAAAGCUGGAUCCGUUGUGCACUUAGCUUUUUAAACUUGUAGCUCCUACUCUGUAUAUUCAGGCUUGAAAAUAUAAGGUUCUGGAUCAUUCUUUGUCCCAAAGUAGAAUUAUUAACUAUGCCAUGAGUAGUAGUUUUAUUGUUGUUGUUGAAGGGAAAAGUGAACGUUGUCAUGCGUCUGUGACGUCAAUGCACCGCUGUAUGCUUAAAAUGAGCAAAAAAGGAUAGGAUAGGACUUUAUGAUCAUUGUACAAGUACAACAAAACAUUUGAUCACAAACCCGUUCAAGAUUAGACAAGCAAAGAACAGGGUUACAGAAUAGGAAUGCUGAUGGGUUGCCAUAAGGCGCCCCGUAAAGAUGGGGGAAAGGGUAAAACGCUGGGGAAGGAUUAGUAAAAAAAAUACAAUCUAGACUGGGCUCAGUCUGGAGUGGGGAAAAAAACUAUAGCAAAGCACAUAUACAUAUUAUACAUCUCGAGAGAUCUAGCAAGGUAUAAUAAUAUAUGUUAUAAUGAAGGUGCCUGUUACUUCAGUACAUGCAUACUUACAGCGUGUGUAUACAAUGUCGAUAGACGUUUUUGAAUGAUUUCAAGGAUGCUUUAGGGGCGAAAGAGAGCAACUCCCAUUGGUCGGAUUGUUAGCUGACUUUUACUGGCAUUUAUUGACGAGUUAGAAUGCAUUAAAAAAACAAAAACAAACGUGUGUUCUUGUACUACAAAAAGAUUGUGAAUUAUAAGCAAUUUUCCAAAAAUCACAGUUCCAAUUUAAGAACUGCAAUAAUAUUGCAUUUAAAACAAAUAUCUCUAAAUUUAAAAUCAUACGUAGAAAAAAGCUGAAAUGCCUUAUUGACGUUUAUUAUUUCCAGGCUUAUGAAAUUAAAUUAUGUGGCAAGCCAGAUGUGGCCCUCGGGCCUUGAGUUUGACCCCUGUGCUAAAAUUGGAACUGCAAUUUUUUUGGAAUUCAGCCUAUCGUUCACAACCAUUAUGAAAGACAUAACGAUGGAUGUUAUUUUUGUAUUGUUUUUGCAUUCUAAAUAUUAAAUAAUUGCGGUCAAAAGUUUGCUCACAAUGGAGCCUAUAAAGCCGCACAAUUCUGCCUAUAAACUCUUUAAAAACAACUGCAUUGAAGUUUUAUAUACAUGAUUUUUAAGUGUAUAUGUACUUUAGGAGUGGGUGCAUUUAUAGCAACAUUUAAUAUUUGCAUAUUUUGAUCAUUUUAAGCAUCAAAAAGGCAUCAGAACGGUUUGGUUUUUUCCUUCAUCUCUGAUUAUUACUCAUUAAAGACUUUAAGAGAGCCAACAAACAUAAUGAAACAUUACUUACUGUACAAUGUCUGCUGUCAUUAGGAUGCCAACUGCUGGGACGUUCAUAUAUUCCUGUUUAAAUGAAGGAUGACCAUCAGCCUCAUGAAUAAACGGGUUGGGGAACCACACACGUCUGUUUGUGUCUUUCUCGCCAGUUCUAGGCCCUAAAUGGCUGUCAAAGUGUACCAAAUUGUCGGAUUACCUUGUCAGACGUCUUCUGUCCAGGUGAGAGGCAUGAUUUAUGAUCUACCAUAAACUUCCAGGGAGCAAAGAAGGGAGAAAGCAGCAGACCACUCGAUGAUGUAAAUAUAGGGUAGUUUUCACGGCACGGCUAUAAGUAGUUUGUCUGCGUUAGCGCUUAUAAGAAAAAUAUCACUAAUAUUUUGUUACAAGUCACAAAAUGUAAAUGGAGUAUUGUUGGCACUUUAAAAUUCAAAAUGCAUAGAAAAAUCCAUCCGACGUCAUGUCUUUCAUAAUGAUUACAAACAAUAGGUGAAAUUCUAAAAAAAAUUCCAAACUAAAAAGUGCAGUUCCCUCGAAAAGAUCAUUCUUGAAAAAACAACCACCCAUGUCUUCAGGCGAGGAACUAUUGGAAUGUAUUUACUACUAAAAGUAUAUUGUGAUGUAUUGACUUUUCUGUAGACUAAUAUGACAAUGAACUUGAUGUAAAUAUUGCAUUGAAAAAGACCGGACAAACUGGAUGCUUUUUUUUAAUUAAAAAGAAGAGGUGGUAACUGUGGUUGUGUUGUGUAAUAUUAUGCUUUUGCUGUACAGCCAUUCAUGUCUAGUAAA